CUCUGUUUCAGAAUGAAGAGGAGGCUGAAGAUGAGAGUGAUGAAGAUGAGAGUGAUGAUGACGACAGCGGCACGGACCAUUUAAUCUCUGAGAAGGCGGGGACGCAGCUGCAGCGGUGUGAGCCCCGCGGAGGAGUCAACUCAAGUCUUCCUGACAUCUUUCAGACGAGCCACCUGCUCUUCUACGAGAGGUUCAAGGCGUACCAGGACUACGUGCUCGGAGACUGUAAGCCGUCCGAGGUGAAGGCCUUCACAGCGGACUACCUGGAGAAGGUGGUGGAGCCGUGUGAUUGGUUGGCUCUGUGGUCCACUGACGUCUUUGAUGUCCUGGUGGAGGUGUGUGACGUGGACUGGAAGGACCUGAAGGCGUGUGUGAGGCUGGUGCUGCCGCUGCAGUGUGACACCAGAGGAUGUGAGCUCAGCGAGGACGCCAUGAAGUCUCUGCUGGAGGCCACUCAGCACAAAGUCCCUCUGCAGGAGCUGCUGGUGGUCUACGAGCAGUCCGGGGACUUCGAUCAGACCGCCAUCGCUCUCGAGCACCUCAGGUUUUUCUAUAAACACAUCUGGAGGCAGUGGGACGAGGAAGAUGAAGACGAUGACUUUGACUACUUUGUCCGCUGCGUGGAGCCUCGUCUCAGGCUCUACUACGACAUCUUAGAGGACAGAGUCCCAGCAGGCCUGGUGGCAGAGUACCAGUCCUUACUGGAAAACUGCUCCCAGUGCUUCCAGCAGUUCUCGGUUCUGCGCAGCGGCCUCAGCACCGACUCGGACUCGGAGCUGGACAACGUUUCGAUGGUGGAGGGCCUGAAGCUCUACGACCAGCUGGAGACGUUCAAACGCAAACUUCACAUCAUCGAGAACCCCCUGCUGAGGUACGUGCUGGGCUACAAAGGUAACGCCCGGCAGCAGUGUGCGCAGAGUCGAGGGCUCAGAGAGUCGGGUGUGAAGGUGGUCCACGUGGUCACGGCCUCCUGCAGCACCGUCCAACUGCAGUCCCUCCUCACUGACCGACUGCUGCCUCUGUGUGCUUCCUCUGAGGACACCGAGAUUCAG